CGUGAGUGUGACUCGAUGACAGGUUGGCAUCUCAAUCCGUCGUGUCGUAUACUUUUGCGUGUCUCUUCUUGUUCUUCUUCCAACAACUGUAACAAACAAAACAACAAACGCAUCAACAAAAAAUCCACUCUGGUUACCAUGACGAAAACAACAAAUUCUCCAUCAGUUAAAGAAGCAAGAGGACCCGAUUUGGUUGAAAGAGCAAAGGAAGAAUUUGAGGCUAUAUUGCAUCCUCAUAAGUCUUCAAGUCAUCAUCACAGGGAAACUCAUGGUAGGAAUAGUGACAUAGAUGAGAAUACCUCGUUGGAUGAUGUUAAAGCUCCAAAUGUGUUUGAACGAGCAAAGGAGGAGUUUGAAGCCAUUGCUCAAGUGUUCCAUCACAACAAUGAGGCUUCAACUCACGACAUAAGGGAUGAAAAUCAAAUGGCUGAGUUAAAACAUAAACAAAAUAUCUCAAGCUCUUCAUCAGAAACAAAAACAAAGAAAGUCAACAUAUUUGUGAAAGCUAAGGAAGAGAUUAAAUCCAUCAUACAUCAUGAUAAGUCAAAACACCAUCAUCAUGAUAAAGAAACUCAUGGAAGGAGUGAUGAUAUUGAUGAGAAUACCCCUAGCAGUGAAGUUAAGGGACCAAAUGUCUUUGAAAGAGUAAAAGAAGAAUUUGAAGCUGUUAUCGAAGCAAUACAUCCAAAGAAAGAAAAAUGACCAUUUUCAUACCUUACAAUGGAAUGGUUGUUGAAUUCAGUUUGAUAUGUAUUGAUGCGUUAUGUACAUUAGAUAAACAGUAAUCUUGCUUAUACUUGGAUUAGAAUUUGUAGUGUUUGAGAUGUUUUCUGUGGGAAUGAUAGUCUCCUUUAACAUUGCACAUAUAGAUUUGAGUGAAAAUCACUAAUGUGGUAACAAUAUUUACUUUUGAAAUUGGAUUGGACACAUAAGAUCAAGACAUUAUGUUUUACUGAUGUGAUGUUAUUCAUUUCGGCAAUGACAUUGUACAAUUUGUUAAUAUUGUAGAGUGUGUAAAGGUUUUAUCUCAGUCUUGGUUGUAUCUUUAGGUUGUAAAAGGAACACCGUUCCUAAUGUGUUUUUUUUAUCUUAAUAAAUCUGCCACGUCGAUUUUGUCAA